ACGUAGCCGGGGCGUCCGGCUCUGUGUUGACUGGAGGGAGCAUGUGGGUCUCCGGCUCAAUGUCGGGGGCGCGAACCCCGGCCAGGCUGCUGCGGGGUGUGCUCCCCACUUCGGGCCGCCAUGGGCCUGCCGCCUCCUCCUACUCCGCAUCCGCCGAGCCCUCCCGGGUCCGGGCGCUCGUCUAUGGGCACCACGGGGAUCCAGCCAAGGUCGUCGAACUGAAGAACCUGGAGCUAGCUGCUGUGGGAGGAUCAGACGUCCGUGUGAAGAUGCUGGCGGCCCCUAUCAAUCCAUCUGACAUAAAUAUGAUCCAAGGAAACUACGGCCUCCUUCCCAAGCUGCCUGCUGUUGGAGGGAACGAAGGUGUCGGACAGGUGGUGGCCGUGGGCAGCAAGGUAACUAGGUUGAAGCCAGGAGACUGGGUGAUUCCAGCAAAUGCCGGUUUGGGAACCUGGCGGACUGAGGCUGUGUUCAGCGAGGAAGCACUGAUCGGAGUUCCAAGUGACAUCCCUCUUCAGAGUGCUGCCACCCUGAGCGUCAAUCCCUGCACGGCCUACAGGAUGUUGGUGGACUUUGAGCAGCUGCAGCCAGGGGAUUCUGUCAUCCAGAAUGCAUCCAACAGUGGAGUGGGACAAGCAGUCAUCCAGAUCGCUGCAGCCUUGGGCCUGAGAACCAUCAACGUGGUCCGAGACAGACCUGACAUCCAGAAACUGACCGAAAGACUCAAGAGUCUGGGGGCUGAGCACGUCGUCACAGAGGAGGAGCUAAGAAGGCCUGAGAUGAAAAACAUCUUUAAGGACGUGCCCCAGCCACGGCUUGCUCUAAACUGUGUCGGCGGGAAGAGCUCCACAGAGCUGCUGCGGCAGUUAGCGCCUGGAGGAACCAUGGUGACCUAUGGGGGGAUGGCCAAGCAGCCCAUCAUAGCCUCUGUGAGCCUGCUCAUUUUUAAGGAUCUCAAACUUCGGGGCUUUUGGUUGUCCCAGUGGAAGAAGAACCACAGUCCAGACCAGUUCAAGGCGCUGAUCCUCACACUUUGCGAUCUCAUCCGCCAAGGGCAGCUCACAGGCCCCGCCUGCGCCGAGGUCCCACUGCAGGACUACCAGCAUGCCUUGGAAGCCUCCAUGAAGCCCUUUGUGUCUUCAAAGCAGAUUCUCACCAUGUGAUCAUCCCAGAGGAGCCAGAGCCAAGUAGGAGGGGAGGCUGGUCAGUGGGACGGGUUGCAGGCCCCUCGGUCAGGGCCCAGCCCUCCCCAGACUACUCCUCCCUCACCGUCUCUUCCUCUUAGGAAGAUUGUGCAGGCAGCCAAGGCUUUCCCCAGGGCCAGCCUUAGGGGACCUAAUAAAGUCUGAACUUCCUAAAAAUAAAAAAAUUUAAAAUAGAAGU